AACCUAUUAUUAUUUUAUGUAGUAUUAAAUUUUUGAAUUGUGAUUUUAUUGAUUUAUAUACAAAAAGAAGAUGAAAUUUAUUUUGGAGGGUUUAACGAAAUGCGUGCCUCGCAUCGGCGCCUUGAAGGAAAUCGAGGCUCAUCCUGGGCUUUCCAUUGAAACACCAAUGGCAAUGCUCUACACUCGGGGUGGAAGUAUACCACACAUAACGCAUGAAGUGUUUAAAAUUAUAAGCAAAGAGCCACAAAUCAUCCAAAUCCCAAUGGUCAGUACUUAUCAUUACCAGGAGGUUAUGGAAGAAUAUGAUGGGAAUAUAUCCGAAUUUGUUGGUUUGAAAGAUUGCUUAACUUGCGUUUCAGUGCAAGAUCCUGGUGACUUGACUCAACCUGGUCAUCAUGCCAAGGAUCACAUUCCUUUAUGGACGAGAUCAGGGAAAGUUCUGCUGAAUGCUGAACAAUAUAUGAACACAGUGGAGGCAUUUAAACCAGACAUGUAUUACUUUCUGUCUGAUGGAGAUACCAACGCCAAGAGCGCUACAAAGCGUAUAUCAAAGUCUGUGGAGAAUACAGUCAACUUCUUCAAAAUCUGCUUGGACAGACACAGGAAAUCAGAGGUUUUAAAAAAUUCAUUUGUACUUUCUGCAAUAGCUGGUGGCUAUUGCACCAAGGCCAGAAAGAAGUGCAUAAAUGAGGUCACCAAAGAUGAUAUAGUCAAAGGGGUUCUGAUUGAUGGUCUGCACAAUAAUGGACCUGAGGUCGAAUUUAUUGCCUUUGAAGAACCAAAGUCUAUUGUGGAAUUUAUAGUGAACUAUUUACCUGAGGAUAAGAUGAGAGUUGUUCAGGGUUGUUGGAAUCCUGUUGUUAUACUUAAACUUGUGCGGAUGGGCAUCGAUGUUUUUGAUACAUCAUAUUGUAAUUUAGUUACUGAAAGAUCAUCGGCUUUAACGUUUAAUUUCGAUAACGUUAGCGAAACCCAACAAUACGAGAUUAAUUUACGACAGAACCAGUUUGCUGAUGAUUUUAAACCUAUUAUUGAGAAUUGUGCAUGCUUAGCGUGUAGGAAACAUACGAAGGCGUACAUUCAUCAUUUAGUAACGGUGCAAGAGCUGUUGGGACCUCUGCUGUUAAAGAUACACAACAAUUACCAUUUUAUGAAAUUCUUUGAAAAGAUUAGGGAAGCAAUCAGGAACGAUACCUUAAAGGAUCUUGAGGAUGUUGUCGAGAGACAGUUCAUGGCGCAUCAGCGAAUGCUUUUGAACACGAAAGCAACCAACUGACCUAAUUUGUUUUAUUGGAUACAUAACAAAUCAUUA